AUGGCCACCCAAACCGGCAUCACCAUCGCGGGACCCAACCAGCCGUACACGGUCGUGGACACCAUCCCGCGCCCGACUGUCGGCCCCAAGCAGGCGCUGGUCAAGAGCCUCUACGUCGGCUUGAACCCCGUCGAGCCCUUCAUGCAGCACUCGGGGAUCCUGAUCGCCGAGUUCCCGGCUGUCAUCGGCAGCGACACGACGGCCGUCGUGCUCGAGGCCGGCGCCGAGUGUACCAAGCUGCGCCGCGGCGACUACGUGUUCGGUUGCGCGCCCGUGGGGCUGAACCGCUUCUCGCCGUUCCAGGAGACGUUCCUCGUCGACGAGGCGUGGGUCUUCAAGAAGACCGCCCGCGUCGGCCUCGAGGAGGGCAGCACGGUCGGCGCGGGAUCGCUGACGGCUGGCCUUGCGCUUAUUGACGGGCUGAGGCUGCAGCUGCCAUCGCCGGGCACGGCCGCGCCGCGCAGGGACUCGUGGGUCGUCGUCAUGGGCGGCAGCGGCACUGUCGGGCAGUACGCCGUGCAGAUCGCCAAGCUGUGCGGAUACAAGGUGUUAGCGUCGUGCUCGCCGUCCAAGGCCGAGAUCGCGCGUAAGGCCGGCGCCGACGCCACGUUCGACAACCGCGCGCCGCUGGACGAGCAGCUGGGCAUCAUUGAGCGCGUCACGGGCGGCGGACAAUUUCGACACGUCGUCGAUGCCAGCGCGCAGGCGUUUGAGCUGUCCAUCAAGGCGCUCGAGACCAUUGCUCGUGAGGAGGACAAGUUCUUCGCGACUGUCGAUGAUUGGUCCGAAAUGAACGUCUCAGACUCGAUCAACGUCUACCGCGUGCAGUUCGGCACGCUGGGCCGUCUCGAACAGCCUCUUGGCAAACACGUCACCGGCGUGAUUGCCGAACUGGUCGCCGCCUUCGAGGGCCACAUCGAGACUGGCGCCCUCCGUCCGCUGGACUACCAGCUCGUGCCGGGGGCGGGGUGGGACAGGAUCAUGGAGAGUAUUGCCGAUCUGGAAGCCGGCAAGUUUACGAAGAAGCCCGUGGUCAAGGUACAAGAAGAGUGA